AUGGAAUAUAGACUUUUAGGUAACACUGGUUUGAAGGUAUCCGUAGUUAGCUUUGGAAACUGGCUUAACAGCGAUAGACCUGAUUGGUAACAACGUACCAAUCUUCAUGUUAAGAAAGCCUGGGACUUAGGUAUUAACUAUUUUGAUACCGCUGAAGGUUAUGGAUAAGGUGAAGGUGAAAGACAAAUGGGUAUUGCUUUAAAGGAAUUGAACGUUCCUCGUGAAGACUAUGUUGUCUCUACUAAGAUUUUCUGGGGCAAACCUACUGGAUCUUUAAACAACCUUGGAUUAAAUAGAAAACAUAUUAAGCAAGGUAUUAAGGCCUCCUUAGAGAGAUUAUAACUUUCUUACGUCGACGUUGUUUUCUGCCAUCGUUUUGAUCAUGAAACUCCUCUUGAAGAAGUUGCUAGAGCUUUUACUGAAUUAAUUUAAGAAGGUCUUGUCCAUUACUGGGGUACCUCUGAAUGGUCUGCUGCUAACAUUUUUGAAGCUAGAGAAAUCUGUGAAGCUAAAAACUUGAUUAAGCCUGUUGUUGAACAACCUCAAUACAACAUGUUUGUCAGAGAAUCAUUCGAAAAGGAUUAUGGUCGUCUCUUUGAUAUCUAUAAAUUAGGUUCUACUGUUUGGAGUCCUCUCUGUGGUGGUAUCUUGACAGGAAAAUACAACCAAGGUGGUAUUCCAUCAGGUGCUCGUUGGGACACUUUCAAUGAAAAUCCUUAUUUAAAGAGAGUAUGGGAUUCAUACUUUGCAGAUGACAAAAAGGACAAGUUAGUAAAGAUCCUUACAGGACUUGCUGAAAUUGCUAAAGAAUUAAAUAUUACCUAAGCCUAGCUUGCUAUGGCCUGGGUUAUUGCUAAUAAGGAUGUCUCUACUGCCAUCACUGGUUGUUCUUCUCCUGAACAGUUAGAAGAUGUUGUUAAAUCAGUUCAAGUCUACAAGACCUUAACCCCUGAGAUUUUUGCUAGAAUUGAAGCUUUACUCAGUAACAGACCUGACCAUGGUCUUAACUUUAAAACUUGGGUUCCCUUAAAUCCUAGAAGAUGA